GUUGCUGCUGUGGAGGUGAAGAAGUACUCAAAGAAGCGGAAAGCUGGGCCCCAGGAAGGGAUACCAGCUUCUCCACCGUCCGCGUUCCCUCAAGAGGUCGGGCUUGAGAUGGGUAGCGAAGACGAGGGCGAGGAAGUGGACGAAGACUCCGAUGGAGAAGUUGAAGAAUUCCCGGAAAUUGACACGAGCAGUGACACAGACGACGAGGAGUACGCCGCAAAUGGCGCGAGUUCGGAGGACGAAGAGGAAGGGGAUGAACAAGACGAGGAAGGGGACGAAGAAUACGGAGACCUCUCGGACGAGGAGGACCACCAUAUCUUUCCUCAGGCGAAAACAAUCAUCUCGGAUAUCACUGGUCAACCGAAGCGUGUGUAUCCGGAGAUUGAGCCUGACUACGAUUCGGACUCUUCGACAGAAGAAACUCCUAAUCGUGUCGGUAAUAUACCAAUGCAUUGGUACGACGAUCUGCCGCAUGUGGGUUACGAUAUUAACGGCAAGAAGGUCCUCCGCCCGGCUCGAGGAGACGAGCUAGAUAAGUUCUUGAAGACUGUGGAGGACCCGGAGUCUUGGACCUCCGCGUUUGACAAGAAUCUUCAAAUGGACAAGCCUCUCACACCAGAAGAGCUGGACAUAAUCCGACGGUUACAAGAGAACGAAAAUCCCGACGCCAACUACGAUCCAUACGAGCCUAUGGUGGAAUGGUUCACUGGGAAGGGCAAAGAGGAGGUUAUGCCCAUAUCUGCUGCUCCGGAGCCCAAGCGAAGAUGGAUCCCGAGUAAAUGGGAGAAGCAGAAGGUCAUGAAGAUCGUCCGCGCCAUCCGUCAAGGUCGUAUCCUCCCCAACAAACCCAAAACCGCGUCCGCAGCACCCCAAUUCUACGCUAUCUGGAACGAUGAGCCCUCCAACGCCCCCGCCCCUCUUCCCGCUCCGAAGCCUCGCUUGCCCGGACACUCAGAAUCGUACAAUCCGCCGGAGGAGUACCUCCCUACAGAGGAGGAGCGCAAGAAGUGGGAGGAGACGGACCCGGAGGACCGCGAACGCGACUUCUUGCCUCAAAAAUACAGCGCGCUGCGUUUGGUGCCCGCGUACGACCAAUUUAUCAAGGAGCGGUUCAGCCGUCAGCUCGAUCUGUACCUUGCGCCUCGCGUGCAGAGAGUGAAGCUGCAGAUUAAUCCGGAGAGCUUGAUUCCGAAGCUGCCGAGCCCGAGCAGCUUGCGGCCCUUCCCGGUUUACCGGAGCCUACAGGUCCCGCAUGAGGAGAAGCGAGUUCGUACGCUCAGCGUGAGCUCGGACGGUGGUUGGGUCGUAACCGGCGAUGAAGGUGGAGUGGUGAGGUUAUGGGAGGUCAUCGUCGGGAAGGAGGUGAAGAGGUGGACGUUCAAGAGCAAGGUCGGGGCCGUCGAGUGGUGUCCACGAACAGACGUCAGCUUUUUCGCCGUCGCGAUUGAGGACCACAUACAUUUCAUUAUUCCGCCAAAUCUCCCUGGCCCCAUACUGGCCGCCACGCAGAACGCUCUCGCCCCUGCCAACCUCCCACCAGCUCCCUCUGCUCCCUCAGCCGUCAAAUGGACAUCCGUACCCGCUGCGCAAUCAUCAUCUGAUGCCCCCGUUCUCACCCUCAACCUCCCUUCUUCGCCAGAGCCGCCGAAGCAACUUGUCUGGCACCGGAAAGGCGACUAUCUCGCUUCAGUGUCGGAAGGCCAGGCAGGCGUCUGGAUUCAUCAAGUAUCCCGGCGCCACUCGCAGGCGCCAUUCAAGAAGGUGAAAGGAGCCGUCCAGCUCGUUCUAUUCCACCCGUCAAAACCGCACUUCUUCGUCGCAACGCAGCGUUAUGUGCGGAUGUAUAAUCUCGCGGAGCAGACGCUCCUGAAAACGCUGAUGCCUGGCAUCCGCUGGAUCUCGUCCAUGGACGUCCACCCGUCGGGCGACCACCUCAUCGUCGGGGGAUACGACAAGAAGUUGUGCUGGUUCGACCUCGAGCUGAGCGACAAGCCGUACAAGAUCCUUCGGUACCACGCCCGUGCGCUGCGCUCGGUGCACUUCCACCCCACGUACCCGCUCUUCGCGUCGUCGUCGGACGACGGGUCGAUUCAGGUGUUCCAUGCGCGCGUGUACAACGACCUGAUGACGAACCCGCUCAUCGUGCCGCUCAAGAUCCUGCGGGGGCACGACGUCAAGGACGGCCUGGGCGUGUUCGCCGUGCGCUGGGUGCCCCGGCAGCCGUGGCUCGUCAGCGCGGGCGCGGACGGGCAGGUGUCGGUGUGGUGUAGCUAAUGCUAUUGGUAGUUUGGCGGGUCUUACGUGCCGCCGCGUUGGGGGCGGGUAAUUUGUGCGAAGGCGUGUAAGCUGCAUUAGUUGCGGGUCAUGUCUUUCGCAGAACGUCAGUUUCCGGUAUAGUCAAGCCGUGGUCGAGCCGUGUAUGGCGCCACAGUGUAUCGG